AACAGAGCUCCGAUUCCUUCGCGCCGUUGUCUGUCUUUCUCUCUCUCUCUCUCCGAUUCCGACUUCUAGAGAGGAAGUAGCAUAAGAUGGCCGAGGCAGAUGAUAUUCAGCCACUUGUCUGUGACAAUGGGACAGGAGUGGUCAAGGCUGGGUUUGCUGGAGAUGAUGCUCCGAGGGCUGUGUUCCCUAGCAUUGUUGGCCGUCCUCGCCAUACGGGUGUGAUGGUGGGUAUGGGUCAAAAGGAUGUGUAUGUGGGAGAUGAAGCUCAGGUGAAGCAGGGAAUUUUAACCCUGAAAUACCCAAUUGAGCACGGAAUUGUUAACAACUGGGAUGAUAUGGAGAAGAUAUGGCAUCACACGUUUUAUAAUGAGCUUCGUGUGGCCCCCGAGGAGCACCCGGUACUCUUGACUGAAGCACCUCUUAACCCUAAGGCUAAUCGGGAAAAGAUGACCCAAAUUAUGUUUGAGACGUUCAACGCCCCGGCUAUGUAUGUUGCCAUUCAAGCUAUUCUUUCCCUGUAUGCUAGUGGCCGUACUACUGGUAUUGUUUUGGAUUCUGGUGAUGGUGUCAGUCACACUGUCCCCAUCUACGAGGGUUAUGCCCUUCCCCAUGCCAUCCUUCGUCUUGAUUUGGCUGGCCGGGACUUGACCGAUCAUUUGAUGAAAAUCCUCACGGAGCGUGGCUACUCUUUCACCACCACAACUGAGCGGGAAAUUGUGAGAGACAUGAAAGAAAAGCUCGCUUACAUAGCCCUUGACUAUGAGCAAGAGCUGGAGACUUCGAGGACUAGCUCUACUGUAGAAAAAAGCUACGAGAAAAAAAAAUUUUAUUCGAUUACAGAGAGAGAGAUAUGUGGGAGGCUGGGAGGUGAGGUAGGAGAGGACGGAGGCAGUGGUGAAGAAGAUAAGAGGAGCGGCGGAGGUGGAGGUCAGGGGAGAGAUGGACGAUGCUGGGGAUGUCGCGAACGUGGAGUUGGAGAGCAGUGA